AUGAAUGAUCAUACAAUAUUCCACAUGUUCGUUGCAAAUCGUUUACAAGUAAUUCAAGACCUAUCUGACCCGAAGCAAUGGCAAUUUGUUCAGUCCAAGGAGAAUCCAGCAGAUUAUGCAUCUAGAGGAAUGGAUGGCAAUACGCUCUUGGAACAACGAAAGUGGAUUCAGGGACCAGACUUUCUUUGGGAAGAUAAAGAGAAAUGGCCACAACAACCAUUGGCAUUGGGUGAAACAGUAAAUGACGAUCCGGAAGUAAAGAAAGUCCUUAACGUCUCUGUAGUGUCCGUCGACGAUUCUAUAGCAUCGGUGAACAAACUCUUCGAAUUCUAUUCAGAUUGGUAUCGUUUAAAGAGAGCUGUGGCCAUAAUACUUCGAGUUCGUAAGUUGUUGAUGGAACGGAAAUUAAGAGAAAAACAUGAUCGAACUUCGCGCGAAGCCAGAGCAGAUUAA